AUGCUGGCACAGUGCGCUCAGCGUUCGAAACUCUGCUCCACAGCCGCUGUAGGCGCGCGGGCAGCGGUAGAUCUUGUCCGCGUGGGCGGGGCUCUGAAGGUGCUGAUUGAGUGCCGAGAGCAUCUUGUACUCGCGGUGGCACAGGUAGCAUUCGUAGCGAUAGCCGUUCCAGGCGCGCUCCGUGGCCCACAUCACGACCGUCUGCGAGGGCGCGGGGUGUCCCUCUGGUCCGCGGAGGAGCCGGGCGGGGUUUGUGACAACGUUAUUGGUGUCAUGCUGCACGACGAUGCGGUCAAGUUGUGCGCGUGUGACGCGCGACGGGCAGGUCCCAGACUCGAAGUGGAGGAUGAGCGCAGCGACGGAUGGGAAGCCUCGCCCGCAUUGCCUUCCGGGGCAGAUAAUCGUGCGCCCCUGGUGGAUGGCGGAUCGGAGAUGGGUGCGUAG